UCAACAUGUCAGCUGAAUAUUUAACAUGCACCAAGAUUCUGUACCUGAUAAUAAUCAGCGGAAUCUCAUUAAAUUACAUCUUGAGAAUAAACAUAUCCAUAGCCAUAGUGGACAUGUUAGACCAAAACACCACCAACAACACCAACAAAUUCGACUGGACCAUAAUACAAAAGAAUGAAGUUCUGGGCAGCUUCUUCUGGGGCUACCUGGGGACGAUGAUAAUCGGGGGACGACUUGCUGAAAUGUUCGGCGCCCGGAAGGUGCACGGAAUCGGAAUUUUAGGUGCCAGCGUGGCCACCGUUUUAUUUCCCUGGUUGGCCAGAUUGCAUUUCUACUGCGCAAUACUUGCUAGGGUCGUCGUCGGGUUGUUUUUAGGCAUUACCUUCCCCAGCAUUUAUGCCUUGGCCAAGUUCUGGAUCCCGCCAGCCGACAGGUCCAAAUUCACCUCCAAUAUGGCAGCCCAAGGACUAGGUGUGGCCAUAUUUUUGCCCAUCGGAGGGUUUAUGAUACCUCGAGUAGGAUGGGAGUGCGUUUUUUAUGUCACGGGAGGUCUGGGAUUGAUUUGGAGUCUGACGUGGUUUUAUUUGGUGUAUGACUCUCCGGACGUGCACCCCAGGAUCAGCUUCGAGGAGAAGCUGAAGAUACAGUCCAAGUUGAAACUGGUUGGGGGGUCAACAAAUAUGCCUAAGAAGUUUCCCCUUUGGAAGAUUUUGACUUCUACGGCGGCCUGGGCGCCUGCCAUUGCUACUAUUGGAAACACCUUGAACCACUUCAUCUUCAUCAACCAACUGCCCACGUACUUGAAGGACAUUUUACACUUGAGCAUCGAAGAGAAUGGGAUAUUUUCAAGCCUUCCAUACUUAGGAAAAUACGUGGUGGCAGUUAUUGGAGCUUACGUAGCAGACAGGAUGCGCAAAAAUGGGGCUGUUUCUACCAAAAACACCAGAAGAAUAUUCACAGUGGUGGCCCUGAUAAUUCCAUCACUCAUGAUGAUAAGCUUGUCCGUCUGGGAUCAAGGAAAAGUCAUGUCUAUAAUAACCAUAACCGCCUUGUUGUCCAUUAAAGGUUGCACUACGUCAACUUACUUGGCGAAUUACUUGGAUAUCGCCCAAAAUUUGGCACCAACCCUAAUGGGAAUAUCAAGCACGUACGGUGCCAUAAUGGGCUGGGUUGGCACCAAACUUGUUGGAGUAAUAACAGCAGAAAAAAACGACUCCAACGCCUGGGGGCUCAUAUUUAUCAUACUUGGGGGGUUGAAUAUUGUGUCAGCCACAUUUUUUAUCAUUUUCGUUUCGGGUGAAAUACAGGAGUGGGAUUCGGAGAAGGAGGAAGAAGCUGAACCAUUAAAGUCCGAAGUAACGAUUAAAAAAGACGUGGCAGCGAUAAAAUCGUUUAUUUAACAUGUGUUUAAAAUGACGUCAAGUGCAAUAUCGUUCAUUGCCAACAUAUUAACAAAGUUGAUUACAUAAAAAGGACGAGGGCAUAUUUAUAAGUCUUUUUCAAGGUGUCCGCAUUAAUUGAUAACGCCAUAACUUUACUGUUAGGAAAACAUAGCGUUGUUUAUCUUGUUUAAAUAAAGGAACACACUUGUGCAAUUAAAUAUAUAAAAAGAGACAAGUAAUUAAUUUUACGAACCAUGUGACUUUGGGCAAACCUCAUCGUUGCAUAUUUUAAGGUGAUAACAGUGUAAAUAUAAAUUUAUCAAUGUACAACCAACAAAAACAGAUUCAUAAAUUACAAUUUAAAAUGA